UCAGAUGGAGAAAUUCAACUAGCGACAGCUAUUCAGUCUCCCCAAAGCUCUAGAUAUUCUACUAUUAAACUGUACGAUCAUCAUGAAAUGUUGGAUUUGAAUGCACUGAAUAAUACUAAACGAGCUGAUAAACACGUUCUCUUCUUCAACCGAGUACCGAAAGUCGGAUCUCAAACAUUCAUGCAAUUAUUGAGAAGACUUUCCGUGAGAAAUAACUUUGCAUUCAACAGAGAUCAAGUGCAACGCGUUGAAACUAUAAGACUUGCACCUUAUGAACAACGUCAGCUUGUUAGACUUGUAAAUAGUUAUAACGAACCAUCUGUCUACGUUAAACACGUUUGCUUCACUAACUUUACCGAGUUCAAUCUUCCUCAACCAAUUUAUAUGAAUGUUGUAAGAGAUCCAGUUGAACGCGUAAUAUCUUGGUAUUACUAUGUACGCGCUCCUUGGUACUACGUGGAACGAAAGCAAAUAUUUCCGGAUCUGCCUCUGCCAGAUCCUGAAUGGUUGAAGAAAGACUUUGAGAGCUGCGUCGUGAAUGGAGAUCGAGAAUGCCGAUACGUUGAAGGAGAGUAUCAUGAAGGCAUCGGUGAUCACAGGCGACAGACUCUAUUUUUUUGUGGUCAUAGCGAGAAGUGCAUGCCAUUCAACACAGUUGGUGCACUUGAAAGAGCAAAAUUAUCAGUAGAAAAACAUUAUGCCGUUGUUGGAGUACUUGAAGACAUAAAUACAACUCUCACUGUCCUUGAAAAUUACAUUCCUCAGUUUUUUGAAGGUGCAACUGAACUUUAUUGGGUGAGUGAGGCAAUAAAAGAAAUGGUAAGAAAAAAUUUCACAAGAGAAAUUGAAUUUUACCAAUUUUGUAGGCAACGAUUGCACCGACAAUUAAGAGCAUUAAAAUUGUCUUCAACAGUUCCUACAACUCAAAAUGAAGCCAGCAGCUUGUAA